GCUAAUAAUGACAAAACUGCAAGUGUAUUUCUUGAGAAGAAGUUUCUGUGUACGUGCGGGCCCCACCAGGAGACUGGCACGUGUGGGUUUUUUUGUGUGCUGACGCCCAUUGUCCAGUACGAGGUGUCUGGCGAGGAGCACCUCUACUCCGAUUUCCCCGAGAUUGAUUUGUCCCAGUUGGAUGCCAGUGACUUUGACUCUGCGGGCUGCUUCAGCGAGCUGCAGUGGUGCGCGGAGCACUCCGAGACCGAGUCCAGCCAGUACAGCACGGACGACUCCGAGCUCUUCCAGAUAAUAGACAGCGAGAAUGAAGCGCUGCUGGCAGCCCUCACCGAGACAUUGGAUGAUAUACAGGGAGAUGACAUGGGCCUGGCUGCCUUCCACACUAUGGAAGAGGGGGACACGCUCAACCAUGCCUACACCUCGCCUGCCCCCUCCCCCAAACCUGCCGCCCCGGUCACGGGGGGGCCACCCCAGGCCCCCGAGUUUGAUGAGCUGUCUCUACUGAAGAAGUUGCUUCUCUCGCCAUCGCACGUGCCUCCGAGCUGCGAGGCUCAGAGAGAUGGGAGUGCCCGGCGCCCGGGGACCCCUAAGGCCAGACCCACACGGCCCUGCACAAAGGUGGAGGGUCCCCGGGACAGGAAGGCAAACUUCCAGCAGGCGCAGAGCCGGAGCUGCACGGAGCUGCACAGACACCUCACCUCCACGGCUCCCUGCCAGCAGACCAAAGCCCCCCGGACCCCCGAGGAGUGUCAAACAUCAGGCUCUAGCCACGUUGCAGGGCUCUUUUGCAGGCAGCAUCUUCUCAGCCUCCUUUUUUGGACCGUGGUUCAUCUAAACACCUUCUCUCUCCUCAUUUUCUUCUCUCCUUCCAGUGACCCGACUUUUGGGAAGAGAAACUUUGAGCCCAUGCUGACCGUGGAGCUCUGUGGGACAGCAGGUCUCACACCACCCACCACUCCGCCGUACAAACCAGCUGAGGAGGACCUGUACAAGCCAGACAUCCCUCAGGAGGCAAGGAAGGAGGAUACCACUACCACCAGCCCCGGGAUCCCGCCAGAGGUGGCAGCCCUCCGGAAACCGCUGAAGAAGCACCCGGAGAGGACAGAGCUCUUUGCCCACCUGAGCCGAGCCGCCGCGCGCCCGGCUCUCCCCGAGCAGCAGGGAGUGCUGAAACGGCCCUUCUCGCGCUCCUUUGGGGACCACGACUACUGCCAGGUCAUGAAGCCUGAGGCCGCUCUCCAGAGGAAGGUGCUCAAGUCCUGGGAGCCCCCAAGCCAGGUGGAGACUGAACACAAGAGGAGGGUCCCAGACGCACAUUACCAGGGGCUGGACCUCAGUGGCAAGGAGGCGAGCAGCGAGAUCUUGUGGAAGGAUGGCAUCAAACAGCUGAGAGACCAGGAGAUCAGAGCCAGCUUAACCAAGCACUUUGGCUUUCUGGACAGUGCUCUCGAUGAUGAGGACAUGGCCUUCUGCAAGACCCCUGAGUAUGACACCGUCUUUGAUGACAGCUGUAGCGAGAGUGGCUCUCCAGUGGAGGAGGAGGAGGAGGAGGAAGAAGAGGAGGAGGAAGAACACUGCGAUAGUCCACCGGACACCAAGCUCUGCCUACGGAGAAACCCUCUGUCCAGGACCAGUUUGCACUACUGUUCUCGGAGCAGAUCCAGCUCGGGGUCUUCAUGCUGCCGGUCCCGAUCUCCAGCAAGCAGACGCACCUUCAGAUGUGAAAACAGUGAGCAGUGUCAAGGUGGCAAUGUGAACCGGGGCCAGAUGGAGAAGAGAAGAGAAAAGGCCAUUGGGGAAGGCCGGGUGGUGUAUAUUCGAAACCUCUCCAGCAACAUGAGCUCCAGCGAACUGAAGAAGCGCUUCGAAGUGUUUGGGGAAAUCGUGGAGUGUCAGGUCCUGUCCAGGACUAACAGGGGGGAUAAAUAUGGCUUCAUCACCUACCGGUAUUCAGAGCAUGCCGCCUUAUCUCUGAAGAAUGGCUCCUCACUAAGGAAGAGGAAUGAGCCUUCGUUUCAGCUCAGCUCUGGUGGCCUCGGGCGCUUCUUCUGGACCAGAUACGCUGACCUGGAUUGCAGCGUGGAAGAGUCCUCCCCAGCUCCAGUGAAAAGCAAGUACGAGACCAUGGAUUUUGACAGCUUGCUGCAGGAGGCCCAGCUAAGCCUGCAUCGGUAACAGCCUUAACCUUGGAGGAAUACCUCAUUACCUCAGUCAAGGCACUUCCAAUAUGUUUACGUUUUCAAAGAAAUUAUUCAGUCUAUGAAAAGCGAGAGAGAGCGAGAGAGAGCGAGAGAGCACGCACGCGCGAGAGAGAGACUGCUGUCCCUUUCGAUCGAUGUUUACAUUGAACAAAGCUGCUUCUGUCUGUGAGUCCCCAUGGUGUCGAUGUCUCACUGCCACACAUUAGUCUCCCCGCUUCUGACUGGUUGUUUUAGGGUGAGCCUAGGAGCCCUCCGUCCCCUCUCCCCGUCUCCUGCCCCCGUCCCCCCGCCCCGCGCUCCCGCCCUUGGAGCUGCAGCUGUGUUCACCAUAACAUUUUUGUCCGUAGUGUGUGAUGAUGAAAUUGUUAAUUGUGAAUAGAAUCAGGAUUAUAAACUAAUUUUUAAUAGAAGAAGAAGAAAAAAAAGUAUAUACUUAAAAAAUGUAUUUAUGGCUCAGAUGUACUGUAAUUCAGAUUUAUUGUACCGCUUCCUUGAUUUUUAACUAUGCACUGUAAUGAGGCACUUGCCACUGAGCAAAUGGGGGGUCAGAGCAGAAUCACAGAGCCAGCGUUCGCCCCUCGGUCGCGGGGGCGCCCGCCUGCCCCGCCAGCGAACCGGGGCACUCUGCCGUCGGACUGGGGUCUCCCACUUUGCUGUCA